AUGAAUGUUUUACUGAAGAAAAAGGAUAGAAAAUCUGCUACGCCCAGCACCACUAGCUCGGCUAGUUCAUCAACACACAACAAUGUGACAUCGACGAACGCUUCAUCCAGUACCAAGGUCGGAAGUACAGCUUCUCUGAAAGGCGGGUCGGGCUCUGAAAGCAAUAAACAUCGCAUUCAUAAAAGUCAUGAUGGAUCCACCAACUCAUCUAGCACCGUAGUAGGUAGCUCAUCAAGCUCCGCAAGGGGGGGUAAGGCAGAUACUAGCAAUAAGAGCCAUCGCGAGAAAGAUAGCAAUCACGGGCCUGACAGCUCAUCGUCUCAAGCUUCAGUAACGAACCCAAGACCAGAACUAAAACGUGCAUCUAAUAGUUUACUGUCGCUCUCUCUAUCACGUACAAAGCUUAGUGCUGAGGAAAAGGAGGAGAAUAGGAAACUUGAAGAUAAACAUAAACUUUUAGAGAAGCAAAAGCACAAAGAUUACGAUUUCGUGGUGGCAUACAACGCGGCCGAGUUAGAGGACACAAGGUAUCAGAAUGCGAAAACCCACCUGAAGACUCUAGAGGACGAGUUGCAGGAAUUAAGGUAUCAGCAAGCGAAAGCCCGCCUGAAGACUCAAGAGAACGAGUUGGAGGAAUCAAGGUAUCAGCAAGCGAAAACCCACCUGAAGAAUCUAGAGAACACUAUACUCGCGACGGAAGAAGAAAAGAGACAGCAAGAAAAUGAAGUGAAAACUAGAAAGAAAAUUCGUAAUAAAGCGGACGAAGAACACCAAAAAUUACUCGAAGAAGACAAAGAAAUAGCGGUCAAACAAUUGGAUGUAUUGAGCGAAAUGAGCAAGAGCAAUUCUUACAAGGUUAAAGUAGAAAAAGCAAUGAAAAAGAAAGAGGAAAAGUAUCAAAAGUGGGAAAUCAAACGGGAUGAGAAAGCCAAGAGGGCCAGAGAGGCUGCAAUGCAGGAGGAGCAGGAAAGAAUUGCAAAAGAUGAGGAGAAGGAAGACGAAAAGACAAGGAGAAGAGGUGAGCUGAUAAUGGGCAAAGAUCAAUAUUUUGAGAAAUCACUGUAUAACCAUAGUACAAGGAAAGUAGGAAGAGGUGGGGAAAAGGAAAGGGGAAAAGGGAAAACUAACAAUACUUCUCAAUCCUGA